AUGGAAAGCAUUGGUAUCAGCGAUUCUCUACGGCGGCGGGAAACCACCAUCCCGUUUCCAGUCGAGGUUGAUCCUUCGCAAGAAUGGGACGGCAAGGACGGACCUUGGUCAACUUUUGCUGUGCGGAUCGGGACACCGCCACAAGUAGCCGGAAUUCUCCCCGGCACAGGAUCGAAUCAACAGAUGGUGGUCCUCCCCGAGGGAUGCAUGUCAUCGAAGGAUACAUCAACAUGCCCGAAUCUGCGUGGGUUCACCUUCAAGAUGAACGAAUCUACGACAUGGGAAAAUAAUACACUUUAUUCUUCGACCUCGAUAUAUGAACUUGGCGUUGAGAAGAGACUAGGCUUCGAGGGGAAUGCGAUUUUCGGAUAUGAUAAUAUGGUAUUAGGUUGGUUAGGAAGUGAUGGCCCGAAUACAAGUAACCAAAGCAUCGCGGGUAUUGCGACAAAGGAUUUCUUCCUCGGAGUUCUCGGGCUCAAUCCAAGACCGACCAAUUUCUCGACGUUCAAUAAUCCUGUCCCCAGCCUUCUGCAGAACCUUAGGGAUGCCCAGAAGAUACCAAGCCUAUCGUGGGGCUAUACAGCUGGAAACCAAUACCGAUUUAAUAACGUCUUUGGCCAGCUGAUUCUCGGAGGCUACGAUAGCUCACGAUUUGUUCGUAACAAUAUAUAUAUCCCGUUCGACUCUCAGGAUCUAGUAGACCUAAGCGUCAACAUAGAACGUAUCACCAGCUCAGAUGCCGAUGGGACACGAGCACUAUUACCAUCAAGCGGUAUAAGCGCCUACCUCGACUCUUCAGUCUCAUAUAUAUGGUUACCGCUUGAUGCAUGCCAAAGAUUUGAGGAAGAGUUUGGCAUCACCUGGAACGAUAGUUUGGAACUCUACCUAGUCAACAAUACGCAGCAUGAAAAACUUCUCACCCGAAACGCCAGUAUCGUAUUCAGAAUUGGCCAUUUUUCGACAAACCAAACUGUUGAUAUCACAUUUCCAUAUGCCGCUUUCGAUCUUACACUCAGCUACCCAUACACUACCAACCCAGCCCGGUACUUUCCGCUGAAGAGGGCGGCCAAUGAUAGUCAAUAUACGCUGGGAAGAGUAUUCUUCCAAGAAGCAUAUGUAAUUGCAGACUACGAAAGAAAGAAUUUCUCGGUUUUUCAGUGCAACUGGGAUGCCAGUGGAAAGAAAGAUAUCGUAGCAAUCAUCUCCCCGCAAGAUGUUCAGCUUCCCCAGGAUUCGGACAGCUCUUCCUCAAAACUACAUACAGGAGCUCUCGCAGGAAUUGCGAUCGGUGUAGUAGUUGGUAUUAUCAUCGCAGUCUACUUGAUCUUCAGAUACUAUAUGAAACCAAAAAUCAUACAGAACGGAAUCAGCAGGUCGGGCCCAUCAAUAGAUUCUAGCGAAGGGGACAAGCGUGGAGAAAUCGAGGACCUGCCACCUCCCACUCCAUACCAAAUGCAUCUCUGGGCUGCCAAUGAAGAUGCAGAGAGUGAUGUCAGUGGCGCUUCAAUUAGAUCGGAAAACAUGACUAUUGCAUCUUCUAUAGUACCUAGCCAACGAACCCAGCGUACCGACCGCGGAUCGAGCCCCACGCGAGACAAAUCCAACCCCUUAGUUUAA